GCCAGGUUUUGGCCUCUCGAGCACAUCUUGGCUCCUGCAUCCUCUCGCUCUCGUGCUUCCAGUGUGCUUGCGAUGCCUUUCGUUUCUAUCGCGGCGCACAUGGUCUUUCGUUUCUGAGCAGCAGCCAUGAAGCAGUGCACGAUGCUUCCCACUGCCUGGCUGCUUGCAACUUUCGUUUAUCUCAGCUCGGUUUCGCUCGUUUGUGGCCUUCGGUUCGACGCCUCGCUUGCCAAGUACAACCUGAACCAAAACACCACAGCCGUAAAUCCCCUCGACUAUUGGGGAGAGCGAACCGACCACGACUGGACCGCCUCUCCUCCGUCAUGGCGAGUCCCUACGUACACGAUAUUCCUCGACCGAUUCGCCAAUGGCGACCCCACCAACGAUAAUCUUAAUGGCACCGUCUUCGAGCAGGACGUCUACAGCAACCAGCUCCGCCAUGGCGGCGACCUUCAGGGCCUGGUCGACUCGCUCGACUACAUCCACGGCAUCGGUAUCAAGGUCAUAUACAUAGCAGGAUCCAUCUUCAUCAACCAGCCAUGGGGGGCCGACUCGUACUCGCCUCUAGACCUGACGCUCCUGGAUUUCCAUUUUGGCACCUUGGAUGAAUGGCGGACGGCCGUCGACGAGAUCCACAAGCGUGGCAUGCAUGUCAUCCUGGAUCACACCAUGGGCACACUGGGAGACCUUAUCGGGUUCGAAGACUAUCUCAACUCGUCAACGCCCUUCAGUACCGCCGAGUACAAGGCCGUCUGGAAGUCUGGGCGCCAGUACAUGGACUUCUCCUUUGGCAACGAAUACAACGCGACGUGCAAUUACCCCCAGUUUUGGCUCGAGACAGGCUACCCCGUCGGCACCGAUGUGAAAUCGCAGCUCCGGGGCUGUUACAACAGCGAUUUUGACCAGUAUGGCGACAUCGAGGCCUUUGGCCUCCAUCCGGACUGGCAGAGACAGCUGGCCAAGUUCGCCUCGGUGCAGGACAGAUUGCGUGAAUGGCACCCCCCCGUUCGGGCUCGGAUUGAGCGCUUUACGUGCAUGGUUAUUGCGAAUCUCGACAUUGAUGGUUUCCGCGUUGACAAGGGCGUGCAGGUGACUGUCGACGCGCAAGCCGAUAUCAGCAGCGCGAUUCGCAAAUGCGCCCUCAAGUACAACAAGGAUAAUUUCUUCAUCCCCGGCGAGAUUACAUCCGGCAACACGCUCGGGUCCAUCUACCUUGGCCGUGGCCGCCGUCCGGACCAGAAGCCUACUUCGCCGCUUGCCGCCCUGCAGCUCGUGUACAACGACUCGUCAAGUUCUAACAACUUUAUUCGCGACCAAGGCGAGAGUGCCCUUGACGCCGGUGCCUUCCACUACUCGAUUUACCGGUUCAUGACCCGAUUUCUCGGCAUGUCUGGAAAUCUAGAAGCAGGCUUUGAUCUGCCAUCAGAUUGGGUGGAGGCAUGGAACCAGAUAUUGCUCACCAACGACCUCUACAAUGUCAACAAUGGAAAAUUUGACCCCAGGCACAUGUUCGGCGUAACGAACCAGGAUGUGUUCAGGUGGCCGGGAAUUUCGCAAGGCACCGAGCGCAUGCUUCUCGCCUACUUCAUUACGACGCUGAUGCUCCCCGGGGUCCCUUUGAUGUACUAUGGCGAAGAGCAGGCACUCUACGUGCUGGACAGCACGGCCGAGAAUUACGUCUACGGACGUCAGGCCAUGUCGGCCGCGUUGGCCUGGAAGUUACAUGGCUGCUACACGGCCGGCACCGCCAUCUACGUCGACUGGCCGCUCGACAAGGCCGCUACCGGCUGCAUGGACGAUACCGUCGCAUAUGACCACCGCGACCCCUCGCACCCGGUUCGCAACAUCUUUAAGCACAUGUUCGAGCUCCGGACGCGGCCCGAGCUCCAGUCGAUCCAGGACGGGUUUUCUCUCAACACACUGGCGAAGCAGACAAGCAAGGUCCUGCUCGAAGGCAGCACGACGGCGACCGAAUUUGGCGUCUGGAGCAUUGCCCGGUCAAUGUACUUUGGUGUGCAGAAUACGACCGAGACGCCUGUCUGGCUGGUGUUUCACAAUCACGGGGAGGAGACCACCUACACAUUUGACUGCAGCGGCAACGAUGCUUUCAUUGCCCCGUUCGAUGCCGGUGAGAUCGUCACUAACCUGUUUUCCCCCUACGAUGUGAUUACGCUCGGCAAGGCGGACAAAAAGUCAUCGGGAUUUAGCUCCAACCUGAGCGGCUGCAUUGGCAACAUCACCAUGGCACCCUACGAGUACCGCGCCUAUGUGCCGUCUGCGAAGUGGGCACCCCCAAAGCCCAUGAUCACCAAGUUUAUCCCAGGCCAUGACACGCCUAUCGAGUCGGAUCAGGCAAAGGGGACCGUACAGAUUGGCUUGCACUUUUCCGAGGAAAUGUCGAGUUGCGAUGCCAUCACAGCCGCCAUUGCGAUUACAUCGACGGUCGAGGGAAGCAACGAGACGGCCAAGAUCGACUCGGGCUCGGUCAAGUGCGAGAAACUGGAUAAGGCGGACGCCCUGCCAUUCACGGGGGUCAUCACAUCUGGAUAUUCGUGGACCGCAAACCUGGUCGGGGCAGCAGAUGGUGUCCACGCCAUCACCGUAACCAACGCCACAUCGUUGACGGGGUCGACAGGGACGACGGACAAAUUCCUCAUCCGCAUUGGGCAAUCUGACAACCCGGUUGUAUUCCCAUUUAGGGCCAACUACUCGAGCACGUUGCUCAGCCAGGGCGACGACGGGAAGCUGUAUGUCAACCACCGGGCUCCUGGUGCUUCCAAGUGGCGCUUCAGUACCACCUGGGGCUCUAGCUGGAGCGACUGGGCCCCAUACAGGGGCGGCGGCCAAAAGGUCCUGAUAAACCCCCAGCCCUGGUCGGGUACUUCGAACCAGGCAUGGGAGGGCAACCACGUCAUGAUACAGUACUGGAGCCAACCGCUCGGCUCUGCCUCGUUCAUGCAGCACGCCGACACGUUCCCAAUGAUCAGGCGGUUCCCCCAUCUAACCCUGCAGGGCCCCUUCAACAAGUGGGGAUACGACAACGGCAUUCCCAACCAGCUGGCGCUUACCGGAAACAGCACCUGGGAGUUGCACUACAUGGACGAGUGGCCCAGCACGUUCCAGUUCAACGUGUGGGGCAUCAAUCCCGACGACCAGCCGGAUCAGACGUGGGUUUUUGGAGAUCUGAUCGCCAACGGAAUCGCCAAUCGCCUGCCGCCGCCCCGGUUGCCAGACAACACGUUCAACAUCACGGGCCCGCCGCCCCUGCCCGCGCUGUCGUAUCGCCUGGUUUUGAACGACGCAACAUUCCAGGUGGACGUCUUGCCCCAGGGCCACAUUUGGAUCCAGGUCCUGCUCUUCUUCCUGCUGCCUCUCUUGCCGCUGAUUUUGGGAUUUCUGGCGACCUGGGCCUUUUUCCGAAGCUUCUACCGCGUCACGGUCAACAAGAGGGGCUUCAAGAGACCCAGCGGCAUCAGAGCGUGGAUCUGGCCUUGGGCGGGUCUCCCAGGAGCGAAAUUACAUUUGGCCAAGGCCAAGGACGCCCCAGCGGAGCCCGUGGAUGGAACUAUAGUUAGCCCGUCGACCAUUGGAGCCACUGCACUCUCGCCGACCUCGCCGGUUGCUGGCGGCGCGCUGAUGACAGGGGCGGGCGGUCAGAGACGAACCGUUUUGCUGGCGACGAUGGAAUACAACAUCGACGACUGGAAUAUCGUCAUCCGGAUUGGCGGGCUGGGUGUGAUGGCCAAGUUGAUGAGCACCGCUUUGAGCCACCUCGACAUAAUCUGGGUCGUGCCCUGCGUGGGCGAUGUCGAUUAUCCCCUCGACACGCCCGCCGAGUCCAUGUUCGUGACCGUGCUUGGUCAACAGUACGAGGUCUAUGUGCAGUACCACAAGCCCAAGUCUCCGCCUGGAAACAACAUUACCUACGUGCUCCUGGACGCGCCCAUCUUCCGCCAGCAAACCAAGGCCGACCCAUACCACGCGCGGAUGGACGACAUCGAAAGCGCCAUUCUCUACGCCACCUGGAACGCGUGUAUUGCAGAGACGAUGCGUCGCUUCCCGCAGAUCGACCUCUACCACAUGAACGACUACCAUGGCGCCGCGGCGCCGCUCUAUCUGCUCCCCGAGGAAAGGACAAUACCGUGCUGCCUAUCGCUACACAAUGCCGAAUUUCAGGGCAUGUGGAGCAUGCGUACGCCAGAAGAGACGCGGGAAGUGUGCGACGUUUUUGGCCUCAGCCAGGACAUCGUCAAGAGCUAUGUGCAGUAUGGUAGCGCGUUUAACCUCUUGCACGCGGGGGCGUCCUAUCUCCGUAUCCACCAGCACGGCUUCGGAGCUGUAGGCGUGUCCAAGAAGUACGGCGAUCGGUCGCUGGCUAGGUACCCGAUUUUCUGGUCGCUAAAGACAAUCGGCCAUCUCCCAAAUCCGGACCCGACCGACACGGCCGAGUGGACAGCCCCGGAGCCCGCCCAUCACGCCGGGGGCAGCAAGGCGUUGGCAGAGAAGCAGAAGGAAGACCUCGAAAUACAAGGAGACGUAAACGAGAACCGCGGACACCGGGCGGCUGCCAAGCAGCAGGCCCAGGAGUGGGCUGGCCUCGAAGUCAACGCGGACGCGGAGCUUUUUAUCUUUGCGGGGCGAUGGUCGCACCAGAAGGGCGUCGACCUGAUCGCGGACGUCUUUCCUGGCAUCCUUGAGAAGUUCCCCCAGACCCAGCUUAUAUGCGUUGGGCCUGUUAUUGCAGAUUUGCAUGGCAAAUUCGCCGCCUUGAAGCUCGGCAAGGUUGCGGACAUGUUCCCUGGGAGAGUCUUCUACCGGGCUGAGUUCACGUCUUUACCGGCUGCCGUGUUUAACGGGGCUGAUUUCGCCCUGAUACCCUCACGAGACGAGCCCUUUGGCCUGGUGGCCGUCGAGUCUGGCCGGCGAGGCGCCUUGGGAGUAGGCGCCCGCGUCGGAGGGCUCGGCCAGAUGCCGGGUUUUUGGUACACGAUCGAGUCCACCAGCCCGCAGCACCUAAUCGCCCAGUUCCGCAAGGCAAUCUAUUCGGCCCUCGAAUCGACCCCGGAGAAGCGCGCCACCAUGCGCGCCUGGGGUGCCAAGCAGCGUUUCCCCGUGGUGCAGUGGGUUCAGCGCGUCAACGAGCUCCACAGCGAGGCGAUCCGCAUCCACCACCACGAGACUGAGCGCAAGGCCAAGCGGCCCAUGAGCCUGGCCAGCCCCCUGAGCAGGUCGACCUUCUUCUUUUCGUCGUCGAAUCACGCCCUGCCCACCAUGAAGGACAAUGAGUCUGGCUCGAUACGAGGGAGCCCGCGACCAGAGUCGAUUGUUCCGUCGGUGCCGCCGUCGCGAACCUCGACUCCGUUCAUGAUACCCCACAUUCCCGGGAUAAGCGCGCUGGAGGACGGCACACAGAGCAUGGAGUCGCUCUCGCUCGCCGGGGCUGGAGCUCACGAUGACGAGAUCGUCGCUCCGGUGCUUCCCUUUGCGCAGUCAUCAUACUCGCCCAACCGCAACAGCUCUGGCAGCACAAUCUCGCUGCAAGACGUGGUGGGAGAUCGCAGCGACUUGAAACUCCAGAAGGUGGACCCCUUCUUCGCAGACACGACGGGCGAAUUCUACGCCCGCUACGAGAGCAUGCUCGACGACCUGACCGUUGAGAACUCGCAGGGAAACCUCUGCAUUGCCGGGUUUCUGAAGAAGUCCGAGAAGGAGUGGUUCAGCAGGUACCGAGACGCCAAGCUGGGCAUGCCGAGGGCCCAGAGCGGCAUGACCUUUACGUCGACGCCCGACACGCACUCGGAUUCCGUGGCCGAGGCGUCCAGCGGCGAGGUACAGGUGGGCAUGCCGAACGAGAAGAGGAGGACGGGUAUGGUGGCGGUCACGGAUGACGAGUUCCUGUUGGGCAACGAAUACAAACCGCCGACAGGUUUAAGGAAGAUCCUGUCCAUCCGCGUCUUCCGCGACUGGCCAGUCUACUCGGUCCUCCUAGCCGCCGGCCAGGUCAUCUCGGCCAACUCGUACCAAAUCGUGCUGCUCACAGGCGAGACGGGCCAGUCUUCUCGCAAACUGUACACGGUGGCGGGCACGUACAUUGCCACGUCCCUCAUCUGGUGGUUCAUGGUGCGCCGCUUCAAGUCAGUCUACGCGCUCUCGCUGCCCUGGCUGCUCUACGGCAUAGCCUUCAUGCUCCUCGGCAUUGCCUCUUUCGUUCCUGGCUACAUGCAACGUGGCAACGUGCAAGAUGUUGCCACUGCAUUCUACGCCGCGGCUGCGAGCUCGGGCGCCCUCGACUUCUCGCUCAACUUUGGCGACGAGAGCGGUGCCUCGACAAAUCUGUGGGCCGUCCGGGCGCUGGUCAUCACCGCCUUUGCGCAGCUCUACUCGGCCGCCCUCUGGUACUGGGGUUCGCUCAUGUCGGACCCCUUCCACCCGACCGGCUCCGCGUCCGGCAGCGUCGGAACGUCCAAUAUCCCCAAGGGCAUCGUGAUCGCCAUCCCCAUCGCGGUGCUGUUCUGGACCAUCGGCCUGGUCUUGUUCUGGGGCUUGCCCGACUACUACCGACAGUCGCCCGAGACGAUCCCGGGCUACUACGUGUCGCUCUUCCGCCGCAAGACGGUGCUGUGGUUCUUCGUCAUGGUCGUGCUGCAAAACUACUGGCUGUCGGCUCCAUACGGUCGAAGCUGGGAGUUCCUAUUCUCGUCCAGACACGUGCCCGGCUGGGCUAUCUUCUUGCUCGCCGUGCUCUUCUUCGUCAUCCUCUGGUGCGCCCUAAUUCUAAUAUUCACCGUCUUUUCUAACAGCCACCCUUGGCUUCUUCCUAUCUUCGCCACGGGCCUGGGGCUCGGCGCUCCGCGCUGGGCGCAAGAGCUCUGGGGCACCUCGGGGAUUGGAAGAUAUCUCCCCUGGGUCGGCGGCCCGGUGGCAUCUGCCAUCCUCUCCCGGUGCGUCUGGCUCUGGCUGGGCCUGCUCGACACGAUCCAGAUUGUCGGUCUCGGGAUGACGCUCCUCGCCACGCUCACGCGCCAGCACGUUAUGGGCGUGCUCAUCGGUUCGCAGGUCAUCGGCGGCGCCGCCACCAUGAUUGCUAGGGCCACGAGCCCGAACGCGGUGCAGGCGACCACCACGUUCCCCGAUUUCAGCGAAGGGAUCCUCCCAGGCAUAGCCAGCAAAUGGUUCUGGAUCUGUCUCAUCAUGCAGCUGAUCAUUCCCUUUGGCUUCUUCAAAUUCUUUAGGAAGGAACAGGUCACCAAGCCGUGA